CAGAGUCUCCUCGCUUGGCUUCCCUGUUCCCUGGCCGACUAUCUUGCCUCCACCAGGUCACCAUCAGUACCGGGUAGCUGCAGGGAAGAGCUGUCCCAGGACCUCCUCAAGGCAUCCAGAGCCAAUAAAUACCUCCUCAGGGAAGCCCCCCAACUCUGACCUGUGAGUCGGGGCGCUCCCGGGCAACAUGCUAGCCACAAAUGCUUAAGCAGCCCCCCGGAAGCAGCUGUGGGUCCCGCAAGCACUGGCAGGCCAGCAGCUACCCUUGGAGGGGGGCGCUGAAGGAGCUGUCCUCCAAUCGAAUGUUCUCCUGACUCUCACAAGAUUUUACAGACGUGGAAACUGAGGCCCGAGGCCCCAAGGGGUAAUCGGCCUGCGUUCCCAUGCUAAUAAAAGGUAGUGGCGUGACCCACACCUACUCCCUGACCCGCAGGCCCAGACAGGGUCUAGACGCAGGUGGAAUGUCGACAAGGACUCCGCCCUCGGCUAGCGCCCGGAGGGGAACCUUCUCCCGGACCCAGAGGCGGAAGCGGAACUGCUGCCGAGCCGUAGUUAUGGAGACAUGGGGGGCGGGCCGACCGGAGAGCGCGACCUUUGACCUGCAGUCGAGCCUACGUCAGAGUCGGGCGCAAACAAGUGUGGCGGUGGCGGCUGCUGGUUCUGGGGCCGCGGCUGGCAGGCGGAGAUGGAGGAUCCUGUUCAAGAUGGGGUGGCUUCACCAGCUACCCCUGGGACCGGAAAAUCUAAGCUGGAAACAUUGCCCAAAGAAGAUCUCAUCAAGUUUGCCAAGAAGCAGAUGAUGCUAAUACAGAAAGCUAAAUCAAGGUGUACAGAAUUGGAGAAAGAAAUUGAAGAACUCAAAUCAAAACCUGUUACUCAAGGAACUGAUGAUAUUAUUAAGGCAUUGACUGAACGUCUGGAUGCUAUUCUUUUGGAAAAAGCAGAGAUUGAGCAACAGUGUCUUUCUCUGAAAAAGGAAAAUAUUAAAAUGAAGCAAGAGGUUGAGGAUUCUGUAACUAAAAUUGAAGAUGCCCAUAAGGAGUUGAAACAAUCACAUAGAAACUAUGUGAAAGAAAUUGAAAAUUUGAAAAAUGAAUUGAUGGCACUACAUUCCAAAUACAGUGAAGACAAAGAUAACUUACAAAAGGAACUGGAAGAAGCAAUGAAUAAACAAUUAGAGCUUUCAGAACAACUUAAAUUUCAGAACAGCUCUGAAGAUAAUGUUAAAAAGCUACAAGAAGAGAUUGAAAAAAUUAGGCCAGCCCUUGAGGAGCAAAUUUUAUAUCUGCAAAAGCAAUUAGACACUACCACUGAUGAAAAGAAGGAAAUAGUUACUCAACUCCAAAAUAUUAUUGAGGCUAAUUCUCAACAUUACCAAAAAAAUAUUAAUAGUUUGCAGGAAGAGCUUUUACAGUUGAAAGCCAUGCACCAAAACGAGGUGAAAGAAUUGGUGUGCCAGAUUGAAGCUUCAGCUAAGGAACAUGAAGCAGAGAUAAAUAAGUUGAAUGAGUUAAAAGAGAAUUUAGUAAAACAAUGGGAGGCAAGUGAAAAGAACAUUCAGGAGAAAUAUGAAUAUGAGUUAGAAAAUUUAAGGAAAGCCACCUCAAAUGCAAACCAAGACAGUCAGAUGUGUUCUAGUCUCUUACAAGAAAAUACGUUUGUAGAAGAAGUAGUAAAUGAAAAAGUCAAACACUUAGAAGAUACGUUAAAAGAACUUGAAUCCCAACAUAGUAUCUUAAAAGACGAGGUAACUUAUAUGAAUAAUCUUAAGUUAAAACUUGAAAUGGAUGCUCAACAUAUAAAGGAUGAAUUUUUUCAUGAGCGGGAAGACUUAGAGUUUAAAAUUAAUGAAUUAUUACUAGCUAAAGAAGAACAGGGCUGUAUAGUUGAAAAAUUAAAGUCUGAGCUAGCGGGUUUAAAUAAACAGUUUUGCUGUACCGUAGAACAGCAUAACAAAGAGAUACAGAGUCUUAAGGAACAACAUCAAAAAGAAAUAUCAGAACUAAAUGAGACAUUUUUGUCAGAUUCAGAAAAAGAAAAAUUAACAUUAAUGUUUGAAGUACAAGGUCUUAAAGAACAGUGUGAAAAGCUACAGCAAGAAAAGCAAGAAGCAAUUUUAAAUUAUGAGAGUUUGCGAGAGAUUAUGGAAAUUUUACAAACAGAACUGGGGGAAUCUGCUGGAAAAAUAAGUCAAGAGUUUGAGUCAAUGAAGCAACAGCAAGCAUCUGAUGUUCAUGAACUGCAGCAGAGGCUCAGAACUGCUUUUACAGAAAAAGAUGCCCUUCUUGAAACUGUGAAUCACCUCCAGGGAGAAAAUGAAAAGUUGCUCUCUCAACAAGAAUUGGUACCAGAACUUGAAAAUGCCAUAAAGAACCUUCAAGAAAAGAAUGAAGUAUAUUUACUUAGUCUCAGUCAAAGAGAUACCAUGUUACAAGAAUUAGAAGCAAAGAUAAGUUCUCUUACUGAGGAAAAAGAUGAUUUCAUAAAUAAACUAAAAAAUUCUUAUGAAGAAAUGGAUAGUCUACAUAAAAAGUGUGAAAGGGAAGAAAGAUUGAUUAUUGAACUUGAGAAGAAAAUAGAACGAACAACCCAGUACAACAGUAAACUAGAGCAAAAGGUAAAUGAAUUAACAGGAGGACUAGAGGAGACUUUAAAAGAAAAGGAUCAAAAUGACCAAAACGUAGAAAAACUUGUGGUUCAAAUGAAAAUUCUCUCUGAAGACAAAGAAUCACUGUCAGCUGAAGUGAAGUCUCUUUAUGAGGAAAACAAUAAACUGAGUUCAGAAAAAAAACAGUUGAGUAAGGAUUUGGAAGUUUUUUUGUCUCAAAAAGAAGAUGUUUUCCUUAGAGAACAUAUUACUGAAUUAGAAAAGCAACUUCAGUUAAUAGUUGAAGAGCGAGAUAAUUUAAAUAAACUGCUUGAAAAUGAGGAAGUUCAGAAGUUAUUUGUCAAAACUCAGUUGUAUGGUUUUCUUAAAGAAAUGGGGUCAGAAGUUUCAGAAGACAGUGAAGGAAAAGAUGUUGUUAAUAUCCUACAGGCAGUCGGUGAAUCCUUAGCAAAAAUAAAUGAGGAAAAACACAACCUGGUUUUUCAAUGUGAUGAAAGGGUAUUAGAGUUAGAAAAAGAGAUUAAGUGCCUUCAGGAGGAGAGUAUAGUUCAAUGUGAAGAACUUAACUCUUUAUUGAGAGACUAUGAACAAGAGAAAGUUCUCUUAAGGAAAGAGUUAGAAGAAAUCCAGUCAGAAAAAGAGGCCCUGCAAUCUGAUCUUCUAGAAAUGAAGAAUGUUAAUGAAGAAAUAAGGCUUGAAAAUCAGAAUCUUUUAAUUAAAGUUGAGGAAGUAUCUCAAACAUACAGCAAAAAUGAAAUCCACAAUGAAAAAGAAAAAUGUUUUAUAAAGGAACAUGAAAAUCUAAAGCCAUUACUAGAACAAAAAGAAUCAGAAUUACAAGAUAUGAGAGCAGAGUUGAUACUAUUAAAGGAUUCCUUAGCAGUAUCACCUUCUGUAAAAAAUGAUUCUUUGUCUUCAGUAAAAGAGCUGGAAGAAAAAAUAGAAAAUCUCGAAAAAGAUUGUAAAGAAAAGGAAGAGAAAAUAAAUAAGAUAAAAUUAGUUGCUGUGAAGGCAAAGAAAGAACUAGAUUCCAGCAGAAAAGAGACCCAGACUCUAAGGGAAGAACUUGAAUCUGUCCUCUCAGAAAAGGACCAGUUAUCUGCUUCCAUGAAAGAUCUCAUUCAAGGAGCAGAAAGCUAUAAGAAUCUUUUAUUAGAAUAUGAUAAGCAGUCAGAGCAACUGGAUGUGGAAAAAGAACGUGCUAAUAAUUUUGAGCAUCAUAUUGAAGAUCUUUCAAGACAGUUAAGAAAUUCAACUUUGCAGUGUGAAAAAUUAAAUUCUGAUAAUGAAGAUCUCCUGGCUCGUAUUGAGACACUACAGUCUAAUGCCAAGUUAUUAGAAGUGCAGCUUUUAGAAGUCCAGAGAACCAAAGCAAUCGUAGACAAAGAAUUAGAAGCUGAAAAACUUCAGAAAGAACAGAAAAUAAAGGAACAUGCCACUGCUGUAAAUGAACUUGAAGAACUUCGGAUACAACUUCAAAAGGAAAAGAAACAGCUGCAGAAAACCAUGCAAGAAUUAGAGCUGGUUAAAAAGGAUGCCCAACAAACCACAUUGAUGAAUAUGGAAAUAGCUGAUUAUGAACGUUUGAUGAAAGAACUAAAUCAAAAGUUAACUAAUAAAAACAACAAGAUAGACGAUUUGGAGCAAGAAAUAAAAAUUCAAAAACAGAAACAAGAAACCUUACAAGAAGAAAUAACUUCGUUACAGGCCUUAGUACAACAGUAUGAAGAAAAAAACACCAAAAUCAAGCAAUUGCUUGUGAAAACCAAAAAAGAACUGGCAGAUUCAAAGCAAGCAGAAACUGAUCACUUAAUACUUCAAGCAUCUUUAAAAGGUGAGCUGGAGGCAAGCCAGCAGCAAAUAGAAGUCUAUAAAAUACAGCUGGCUGAAAUAACAUCAGAGAAACACAAAAUCCAUGAGCACCUGAAAACCUCUGCAGAACAGCACCAGCGCACGCUAAGUGCGUACCAGCAGAGAGUGACAGCGCUGCAGGAAGAGAGCCGGACUGCCAAGGCAGAACAAGCUACUAUAACCUCUGAAUUUGAGAGCUACAAAGUCCGAGUUCAUAAUGUUCUAAAACAACAGAAAAAUAAAUCUGUGUCUCAGGCUGAAACUGAGGGAGCUAAACAAGAAAGGGAACAUCUGGAAAUGCUGAUCGACCAACUAAAAAUCAAACUGCAAGAUAGCCAAAAUAACUUACAGAUUAAUGUAUCUGAACUUCAAACAUUACAGUCUGAACAUGAUACACUGCUGGAAAGGCACAACAAGAUGCUGCAGGAAACUGUGUCCAAAGAGGCAGAACUUCGGGAAAAGUUGUGUUCAAUACAAUCAGAGAACAUGAUGAUGAAGUCUGAACAUGCACAGACUGUGAGUCAGCUAACAUCCCAGAACGAGAUUCUUCGAAAUAGCUUCCGAGAUCAAGUGCGACAUUUGCAGGAAGAGCACAGAAAGACAAUGGAGACAUUACAGCAGCAGCUCUCCAAGGUGGAAGCACAGCUCUUCCAGCUUAAGAAUGAACCAACCACAAGAAGUCCAGUUGCCUCCCAACAAUCUUUGAAGAACCUUCGAGAAAGGAGAAACACAGACCUCCCACUUCUAGACAUGCACACUGUAACCCGGGAAGAGGGAGAAGGCAUGGAGACAACUGAUACUGAGUCUGUGUCUUCCGCCAGCACAUACACACAGUCUUUAGAGCAGCUGCUUAAUUCUCCCGAAACUAAACUUGAGCCUCCAUUAUGGCAUGCUGAAUUUACCAAAGAGGAAUUGGUUCAGAAGCUCAGUUCCACCACAAAAAGUGCCGAUCACUUAAACGGCCUGCUUCGGGAAACGGAAGCAACCAAUGCAAUCCUUAUGGAGCAGAUAAAGCUUCUCAAAAGUGAAAUAAGAAGAUUGGAAAGGAAUCAAGAGCGAGAGAAGUCUGCAGCUAACCUGGAAUACUUGAAAAAUGUCUUGCUACAGUUCAUUUUCUUGAAACCAGGUAGUGAAAGAGAAAGACUUCUUCCUGUUAUAAAUACAAUGUUGCAGCUCAGCCCUGAAGAAAAGGGAAAACUUGCUGCAAUUGCUCAAGUUUGGGAAGCCGAAGUGGGAGGAUCACUUGAGCCCAGGAGUUUGAGACCAGCCUAUAAAACAGUGAGACCUGCAUCUCUCCAAAAAAAAAAAAAAAAAUUGCCCAGGCAUGGUGGCACACACCUUGUGGUCUCAGUUACUUGGAAGGCUGAGGUGGGAGAAUCACUUGAGCCUGGGAGAUCAAGGCUACAUUGAAGUCUGAUCACACUGCUGCACUCCAGCCAAGGUGAGGAAGAAAAUGCUUCCCGUUCUUCUGGAUGGGCAUCCUAUCUUCAUAGUUGGUCUGGACUUCGAUAGACUGAUGGAAAGAAAAUUUUUAUUAACCAAAUAGAAUCUAUUUACAAAAGUGGUUCAUGUAUAUUACUAUCAUUCUUUUGUCAAAAAGUGUGUAUAUAUGUUUGCAUCUACAUAUAUUUGUACAUCUAUGUGACAGAUGUCUUUUAAAAGUUUCAACUUGAAUUAAAAGUACAACAGCUUGAAGUAUUGAUACCAAGCCACAACCCUCUAACUCAUGUGAUCUCCCAUGCAUGCUGCCAGAAUAAAAACACCAGGAAUGAUUUCACUCCCCAUUUCUCUGGAACCUCAGGACCCGCCCAUUUCUCAGCAGUACUGUAAAUUUUGAAGUUAAACUAAAUUUUGGUACAUACCAAGUGGAAUUUAGGCUUUAAAAAUAAUGUUUUAAGGCCAGGUGUGGUGGUUCAUGCCUGUAAUUCCAGCACUUUGGGAGGCUGAGGCUGGAGGAUUGCUUGAGGCUAAUGAGCUGUGAUCGUACCACUGCACUGCAGCUCAAGCAACAGAGCAAGACCUUGUCUCUAAAAUUAAUAAUAGUAAUAAAGUUAGAAUAAUGUUUCAAGACUGUUUAUUGCAAGGUCAGAUUUGCAGAUUGUUGUUAUAAAUUGUUGAGAAAUUUUGAUGAUUAGAAUAUGAAGGAAAAAGCUUUAUUGGUAAAAGUGACAUGUUUAUUAAGGGGCUAUGAAGUAAAUAUGCUGCAGUUAAUUAUGAUGAUAAGUUAAAAUACAAUUUAGUUAUUUGCUAUAAAAUAAUCUGUUCUUUUUUUCUCUAAAGUAUGUUAUCUUAAAACUCAUGUUGUCAGAGCACUGGAGCUGGCUACUGUAACACUGACUGUGAAUAGGUGGGCCCAUCACUUGAGUUGGGGUGAUUUCAUGGUGUCUCUCCGGGCUCUUGGUAUGGUGUCACUACAUGCAAGCCAUGAGUCUGUUUUGAGAAUCCUCUCCAUUUUCCCAAAUGAAAACAUGUCACAACAGUGACUGUAUUACUCAGCAUUGUAUCUAAAUAUGAAACUGGUGCUUCCAGUGUUUUGGCAGAUAGUGUUGUUCUGUAAGCUUUCCAUCAGAAGGGAUUUUAGAAAGACACCUUAGAGGUCAGUGCUACAUCUUCCCAGUUCCUCUGAAUAACUUCAGGUAGUUGUGUUCCUUGCCUUUGAUGCCUCUGCAUAUGUUUUAAUGACUAAAUCAAAAUUGUGUUGUUUUUAAAUCAAAAAUUUGAUAAUUGUAUUUUAAUAUUUGUGUUAAUAAAUCACCACACAGUAUGCCCUCUGAAGUUCUCUCAAGCCUUCAGUUUAUACUCUAAUUUUCAUUCUGAGCUGGAGAACUGACUUUGCACUUUGGUUACACAGAACAUUGGUUUCCAAUUUAGUUUAACUGAAAUUUGCUGCUGAUAUAUUGAGUUUGUUCUUUAAAAAAUAUCUCUUAUCUGUCUUUCCUCCUGUCUUAGAAGAACAGACCUAACUAGUGAAUAUAUUAAUGAAAAUGCAUCUAUUUCAGAGCUGACAUGAACAGUUUAGUUUUUUUGCUUUAUAAACUAUGAAUAUGAGUAUGCCAGCUGCAUACAAUGUAACUAAUCAUAUUUAAAUAUAUUUCACUUUCUCUUUGACUUUAGGCCUUUUGAAGUCUGUAUAAACUUGUUUUGAAAUAUAGUCUCUACUCAUGAAUGUCAUAACAAAAAUACCUUUUUGCAUGGUAAAAAAUUAUUACUUUGAUUACAAAAGGCAUAUUCUUCAUGGUUUCAUCAAUGAGAGGAAGUGUAAUGAUUAUUUUAAUAUUUCUAUUAAAUAUGUUUAACUGUA